UUAUGUUUUGCCGUUGACGGCUAUGACGUACUUAUACAUCAAAAUGGCACGAUUACUAGAAGAAAAUCAAAAGCCAUUAUCAAUAUCUCGCUACGAGACUGGUUCCAGAACAUCAAGAUCUGGAUCAUCGUAUCGCAACAAUUCCAGGGACGGAAGGGACGACCUCCUGCCAACCCUGAAUUUGUACUUCAACGAGGUCACAUAUGAUAUGCCCCAAGAGUUGCGGACACAGAAAUACCUAGCAAUGAUGCCCACGACCUAUGGGAUUUGCAUGUGCCCUUUAACAAUUCUAACUCGUUUGGCGAACCUGGCUGUGACAGAGACUUACGACAACACUGCACACUUCGACAUCACGUACGGAUGUUUCGUUUGGAUAGCCUUCCUGCCAACAGUUCUCAUACCUGCAAUUUACGCAGCUUGGAUCUUGUCCACGGAGACGAAGACGCGGUUCAAGAACUAUUUCCGGUUCAGCUACCGGAAGCAGCGGAGUCAAACAUCGGCGGAGGAGUCGCAGGUCUGCGAAAUGACGGAAACUACAGAGGAGAGGCGAAAUAGUUUCCUCUCAGAUUUCAACUCUUUCAACAGCGGCCACCGUAACUCUGAGGCCAUCAUGAGGAACAGGGAUCUAUAAGAUUACCCUUCAUGUUGAGGACAUUUGAGAAUAUCGGCAAAAUAUCUAAAUUUUAAAAAACUCGGAGAAGUCAAAUUAAGUAAAUUGCGGUGAUGAUAUUUUUUUUUCUUAUGAGCAGUAAACUACCCGGCCAAAAAAUUAUAUUUUGGUUCGAACGGGAAAAUUUGAGAAUUUUAUAUAGGUAUUUAUUUGACUAAAGACAUAUACACGUGGAUUAAACAUUGUAUUCAAAUUACGCAAGACAUGAUGGACUAAUUGAAAAUUUCAAAAUUCAUCUGUUUGAAAUUAGCAUUUUAUUUUCUCAGUGAUUCAAAUGUCCUGCUUGUGCAAUACUGACGUAGACUUUUCAAAUCGGGUAAAACAUUGACCUUGCCGUCUUUUACGAUGAAAAUUAUUUCCUUCUUUCUAGGGUUUUUUUGAAAAAAGUUAAAGAAUAUUGUGCUGAAAGCGAAAGGAAACCUAAGUGGAACCGAAGUAGUCUAGUCAUUUUCCGAACUUUCUAAUUUGUUUGAUGCUGAUUUAUUUUAAGUCUAAUUUAGUUUUAUCGAGAGGAGUUUUGAAACUGCUGAUUUCCAUUUAUUCUAUUAACGCUGGCGUUUCACUUGUAAGUUGAUUUUGGAAAUUCUCAAUAAAUCCAACGUGUUUCAAGCCAAAAUUUCAUAGGGCAUACAGCAUGUCUUGCGGUUAUUUAAUGCUUAUACUGUUUAGUUAUCCAGUGUAUAAGAUUGUAAAGUUUUUAUAUUAAAAAUUACAUUUAAUUUUUAGUGUGUUUUCAAAAGAUAAAACCAUGGAUCCUAAUUUGUGGUUUCGUCUAUAUGAUUUCUCCUCGUCAACCUCCAUCAUCGAGCCAAUCUGAUUUCAUUUGAAAUCACGCUGGAAUCUCUUUUGAACUAUAGUGCGAUGUCGUUAGGAUUCCCGGCUUUUCCUACAUGUCGAUUGUCGAUACACCCUGAUUUUGCAGUAGUUCCUCAGAUGCUUUAGAAUUAUUUUGUUACCAUGAAUUUUUGUACAUAAAUCUACUCCAUAUUUUCUAUUUGUUUGUAUUUUUCUAUUCACUAUUUGAAAUGUGGAUCAAAGUCAAACUAUCUGUGUUAUGAACCAAAUUUAGUAACGCUUUUGUUAUAUUUUGAACUGUAAAUAUUACGAAAUUGAGCUCGCAUUAUUUUUAUUAGGCUCGGAUAAUAGGCCUGCCCCUUUUUCUCUCCUCCAGUCUACCGCCCAGUGAUCAAAAUAUACCUAAUCAUGCGGAUUGAUUUGCCGAUUAAACCUAUGGAAAAGGAUCGAUAAACAGGGUGUUCGCAACGAAUACCUCAAUAAUCGAUUCUUUACCACAGCUUCAAAUGGGAAAAUAUCGAUAAUCGAUCACUCGUGUUUCGCUUUAGAGGCACUUAGGUUCGUCUUCCUCUUGUCGCGUGUUAGGAAGUCCCCUCCAGAGAGUCUGUAUUUAUUUUGCGCACCAGAAAAAUUCGCGGCGACAGCUUCAUAGAAAAAUAUCUUUAGAAUUAAAUCCUCUUUAGCGUGAUUUUAAAACGUAAUAAUUUCGCGUUUUUGUCAGAGGUCGAAGAAAUGGGUAAAAAUUAGAGAUUAACCUAAUAAAACAUCUUUGUUUUCAACCAGUCGUGAACAAAAUACGAUAAGCUGGCAUACUAAUUUUUUGACCUGCGUGUACAGUUUUUUCCCCGAUACUGCUUCUUCUGUCGUGCUUUCAAGCAAAGCGGAAAUAAUUGUACUACAAAUAAAAAUGUAUUUUAAACUUCGACGCGUUUUGAGAAAACCUUAAUUUUAAACCGUAUUUUUUUCAUAACUGAGAAACUGAAAAACGGUAGUUAUGAUCCACAUUAGGAUUUUAAAUGUCGUGAGGUAAAAUGCUCUAGGUAAAUCAAGUACCAUCACGUACAAAUAUGUGCUGAAACCUCUGUUCCUGAGUGGUGUAAACUAGUAAGUUUUACGCAAGUUUUACAUUAGAAUACUCAUGUCGUUCAACAUUUGAGUUUUCAAAAAGGACACUUGCACGUGCAAGAAAUUAUUUCAAUUGUGUGUUCAACAUUUCGGACAUCAAUGACUAGAAGCAGUGUAAUAUCCAAUCAAGGCUAACUUUUUAACAGUGGAAGUAGGUAAUAAAUAUUUUUCUUCGAAAAAUGUAGAUUGGUAAUCUCCAAAUAUUCUCAUAAUUUGCUCCUUUAUUGUCUACAAUUUAGAAUAUUAAGAUUAGUUUUCUCAUAACGCGUAGUAUCCUUAAAAUCCGUUCCUUUAUUGCCUACAUAAGUAAAUUCAAAAGAGAAAGAGAAAAUAUAUGGGUGGAAAUUGGCAUGUGUUUUGUGUAGUCGUGUAUGAUGAUGUUGAUUGGGAUUUUUGACUUGAAUUUAAACUGUGAUAUUAAUAUUACUUUGAAUGUAAGUACGCUUUGUGUUGAAUCUCCCGUAUUUUUCAGUAAGAGUUACGAAACCGCAGAAAAUGCACCAGAUUAAUGCUUGACUAAAAUAGAUAAUAUGUUAUAAAAAAAAUCAGGGACUGCAAAAAUUCCACUGUAAUAGAUAUCUUCCAAGAUUAUUUACGAAAAAUUUGAAGGCUUUUUCAGGAUACUUUGUAAGAUUUUUUUUAAUAAUAAAUAAUUUUCUUUCAGAAUACCUGUGUAAGAAAUGUAACAUAAUACGGCGGGAAUAAUCCCCAUGUUAUUUUCACUAUGAAAAAGUGACCCAUUACUUAGUAAUGCAGAAAAACAUAGGUCAGUUGUAUGAAAUAAAAGUAUUUAGGAUAUUCUAACAUCAAAUAUGUAUCACCGAAUCCAUCUUGUUGCAAAUCUCAUUAUUAGAGGAAGGUAGAAUAAUACUUUUGGCAGUUCUUAUUCUGGCCGGUCUGAACGUAAAAUAUCAAUCCGUACCACAAAAUAUGCACUUCACUAAAAUUUAAAAAUUACUUUUAACAAAAUUAUUCGUCUUCAUACCUCUGAGUCUCUCUAGUUAGAGCUGAAACUGAAAUGCUUAAACUUUACGAAUGAAAUCAUCCAAAAGCUGGUUCUAAUUUAGCCGACUUCUUAUUUGUUAUCUGUCUAUUGAAUAGUUUAAAUGUUUAUUUACAUGAGAAAUUGUCUGUUAUUUCAAUUUUGUAAAUAAAAAUACGCUCAGUAAAUGUCAAAAUAUUUUUUUGCUUA